AUGAAUGUGGUAAAGAAAGUCGCAAAUUUAGUCCGUCGUCCUAGUCCGGCAAUAUUCAGGUCCAGUGGUCCAAGUCUGCUGGCAGACCCAGAGAGGGAACCUUUUCAGUAUGAGAUCCAACAGCAGGCCUUGCAUUACCUGAUGCCUGGAGCACAGAGCACUCCAGAGGAGAAGAUUCAAGCAGUUGCAAAAAUCGGGCAUAUGUGUUGGACAGGAGGAAUGCCUGCCUCUGAAUUUGCAGCCAAAAACUACUUCACCCUCUUGGCCAACCUACUCCACAGCAAAGAGCCUUCACAUGCUCCUCUUGGACUGGCUGGUGUAGUGAGGGGACUGGAGCUAGACUGGGACGGCUGGGAGCACAACGAGGCUCGAGAACUCAUCCACCUCUGCCAGUUGAACCACCUCCUCAACUGA